AUGGCUGAAACUGCUCCGGCCUUCGACGUUUGCGGUGUGCGCGUGGCCCAUGACCCCGUCAAGGGCAAGGUGGUCUUCAGUGAGCGUACUUUCCGGCCUGGCCAGGUCAUCUUCAGCGAGCUGGCGUUCGUAGCGGCCCCAUGGAGCACUGAUCUGUGCGGCGGAUGCGAAGAACUCCGAUCUUCCUCGGCAACUGCCUCAAGCAACCCAUUGGUAAGCCCCCGUCACCGCUGUCAUUGCGAACGCACUGGUGCACCCAAGAUCAUGUACUCUCCGAGACUGCAUGACAACGUAGGUCGCCGCAACGUGGUUGUAGGCAUCAUGAAGACCAUCGAUGGAAUCGAGGAAAUUGACCGCGCACGUUGCAUCCUCAAAUGUCUGGCCAUGUACGAGUGCGACCCUCAUGCAUUGGACGGAAUGAUGGACCUCACAUGCGUCGGACAGCAGCGGGUUACGAACGCAACCUUGCAAUUGCGUCGUCAACUACCGGAUAUCUUCCCCGCGGGCUUCACUGACCAGCAGAUGGCUACACUUAUCGGAGUGCUCAACACGAAUUCGCACGAGCUGGAGAACCUCGGAGGCUCCGGGCUGUUCCUGUCAGCAUGUCGCAUGGAGCACAACUGCAAGCCCAACUGCAGCUUCACGACUUUUGAUUCCACUCUUUGGAUGACUGCCAUCCGCCCUAUUGCACCAGGAGACGCUCUAUCAAUCGAUUAUGGUAACUUCUUCUACCGCCCGACGCCCGAGCGCCAGGAAUGUCUACUGGAGUCGUAUGGGUUCAUAUGUACGUGCGAAGCCUGCGUCUCGUUACCGGACCCUACACGUGCUGUUCGCUGUCUAUCAAGAAACUGCCCACAGGGUGUCAUGCUGCCGUGUCCUGCGCGCACCAACACUGCCAGCAGUAGCAUUCAACCAAAAAAAAUGCAGUUUGAGUGGCGAUGCCAGACUUGCGGUACGACCGCAGAUACUGCAGAGCACUCGCGGAUCUUUGCGGCGGAGCAGGAACUUUUGGAGAACGGAUUUCCAGAGAGUCUCGAAGAGGUUGACGCUGUGGUGAGUCGUGGUGUGCUACACGAGAGUCAUUAUUUGCUGUUCUGGGCAUUGGACAACAUUGGCUGCGAGGCUGCUAUUACCACUGCCUUCCGGGCCGAUGCGCAGAUGGCUCAGGACCGUCGCGUGUUGGCCCAAAUCUGGGAGCGCAUUAUUACCUACAUGAACGUGGUCGUUCCGACGGCUCACCACGAGAAGACCAUCUACUACGACAAUCUAGCGCAGGUUCAAGUGGUGCUGGGAAAUCUUGGUGCCGCCAGUCAAGCAUAUGCGCGCGCGUACGAGGUAUCGUGCCUGGUUAGUGGCACAGAUUGCUCCCCGACGCGCAAGCUGCAGCGCUUGAUGGAGAAGCCUCCGCAGACGGCUGAGGACUUGCGCCAGCAUUACGCAGCGGAGGCGCAACACCGCCGGCGCCCUGCCAGUGAGGCGGACGACGAAGAUAUGGAGGAGUGA